AUGCUCGAGGCCGUGCACCACCACGCCGCGCCGCGGCCGCUGCCGCUCGGCGCGCUCUCGAAGUCGCUCCGCGCCUGGGGCAAGAUCGACCCGCACCUGCUGCUCUACGCGUUCCUGCCGAUCCUGCUCUUCGGCGACGCCAUGACCGUGAACACGCACCUCCUCUGGCAGAAGCUGCCGCACGUGCUGAUCCUCGCGGGCCCCGGCGUCGUCCUGGGGACCUUCGCGCUCGCGGCCUUUGCGUACGGCUGCCUGCCCUACGACUGGCCCUUCGCGUUCUGCCUCGUCUUCGGGUCCAUAUUGAGCGCGACGGACCCCGUGGCCAUCGUCGCGCUGCUCAAGAAUUUGGGCGCGUCGCCGGCGCUGACGAUGGUCAUCAUGGGCGAGUCGCUCUUCAACGACGGCACGGCCGCGGCGCUCUUCUUCCUCUUUUUAGGGGUCGUCGUCGACGGCGACUCGCUCGAGCCGGGCCGCGUCGUCCGCUUCUGUCUGCGUCUGGCCGUCGGCGGCCCGGCGAUCGGCGUCGUCUUCGGCUUCGGCACGCUCUUUCUAUUGCUGCUGGCCGUGCGCCGCUUCGAGGAAGUCGAUACAACACUCCAAGUCGUGACGACGAUCGUCUCCGCGUACAUGUCGUUCUUCGUCGCCGAGCACGUCUGCGCGUCGAGCGGCAUCCUCUCCUGCGUCUUCUGCGGCCUCGUGCUCGCUCGCUACGCGCCGCCGCUGCUCACGAACCCGCACACGAUCCACACGGUCUGGUCGACGCUGGAGUUCGUCGCGAAUACCUUGAUCUUCCUGCUCUCGGGCGUCCUGGCGAUGAAGGAGAUGAUCAGGAACCGCUCGGGCGUCGUCCUCGAGCGCGACCUGCCCGUCGCCCUAUCGGUCUACGCGGCGUUGAACGCGUCGCGGGCGCUCAUGCUCCUCGUCGUCUGGCCGGCCAUCGCCGCGCUCGAGGACCCGAAAACGAAGGGCGCGGGCAAGUUCCUCUCGCGCAAGGAGGGCUGCGUCAUGGCCUGGGGCGGCCUCCGCGGCGCCAUCUCCCUCGCGCUGGCGAUCGUCGUCACGCACGAUUAUCACGGCGAAGACGCGGCGAAGGCGCGCCGCGGCGCGCAGCUGCUCUUCCACGUCGCGGUCCAGGCCUUCCUCACGCUCGCGGUCAACGGCGCGACGGCGGGCCCGCUCCUCCGGGCGUUGGGCCUCGCGACGCCGGACGCGCGGACGCUCGUCGUGCGGCGAUUUGUGGUGAUGACGGUAGGGCAUCGGUGCCGCGAGAUGUUCGACGAGCUGCGCGCGCGCAGCGAGGGCGAGAACGACUUCGACGCGGCGGCGGUGCUCAAGCUCUGCAGCGUGCUCCGCUACCGGCCGUCGACGCCCGCGGAUGGGCCGCCGACGCCGGGCAGCCUCCGCGAGCUCCGGGAGUCGUCGACCAACAACGGGCUGUCCUACACGACGCGGCUCGUCGCGUCCAUCUCCGAGGACGACCUGCUCGUCGCCGCGCGGACCAUGUUCCUCCACGCGCUCACGGCGGAGUACUGGCGCCUCGUCCAGGACGGCCGCCUCCCCGAGGGGUCGGCCGUCGCGGAGUGGCUCCUGUCGUCGACGGACCUGGCGUUGGACCACGCGGAGACGGCGCUCGACGACUUCUCCUUUUUGAAGAAGCACUGCGUCGUGCCCGACCACACGCGCGCGAAGGCGACGCACCGCUGCUGCGACUUCAAGCGCGCGUGCCCGGGCGCGUGGAACAUGAUCCACCUCUUCUUCGGCGUCGGGCCGCUCGGCCAGUUGCUGCGCAACGUCGGCGACGUCGGCUUCGGCGUCCAGGAGCAGACCUAUUUGUGCCUCCACGCGUUCAAGCGCGCGCACGCCAAGGUCGUCGACGACGUCUGCGCCCACUGGCGCGGCAUGGCCGCGGAGUACCGCCACGACACGCUGGAAAAGGUCACGGAGAUGCUCCGCGCGGAGUCGGCGCGCGAGCUCGCGGAGGCGGAGGCCGUCCUCGCGACGAUGGACCCGCGCGUGCGCCGGACCAUGCGCACGCUCCUCGUGUCGGCGCGCGUCGUCGCGUACCAGCGCGCCGAGGUCCUCUCGCUCGCGAAGAAGGGGCUCAUCCCGGACUCGGAGCGCGAGGUCCUCCUCCACCAGGUCCUCGCGGACUCGCACGAGAUCGCGCGCCACGCGUUGGACCGCCGCGUCGAGGAGCACCGGCGCCUCGCGCUCGGCGGCCGCGUCUCCGCGGCCCGCGACGUCGGCGACGACGACUCGGAGCACGACGAACACGCGUGGAUCCCGCCGCGGCACCGCCUCUCGCGCUCCGACGAGGAGGUCCUCCGCGAGGUCCACCUCAAGGUCGACACGCGCUUCGCGCUGGUCAAGGUCCUGGGCGAGGCGGGCCAGGAGGCGCGCGAUAAGAACAUGCCGCGGAACCUGCACAACGCGGCCGAGCUCUUCCUGCGCUGCGGCAUGGUCGACCAGGCCGAGAAGCUCCAGAAGACGACGAGCGACAUGCUGGACAUCUACGCGACGAACCCGGACGGGUCGAGCCACUCCAUGGGCCGGGCGGCCGUCUGCUGGGAGUGCGGCUUCUGCGGGCUGCCGCGCGAGGCGGGCGCGGCGGCGCCGGCGUGCGGCGCGUGCGGCGCCGGCGACGCGAACUGGCUCCGCGUGACGCGCGAGAAGGGCGGCGAGGACGUGCCCUGGAUCCAGAAGAAGGCGCUGAGCCCCGAGGAGAAGCGGCGCAAGGACGAGGCCGCGCGCGCCGCCAAACGGGCCGAGGUCGAGGCCAACGUGCGCGCCGCCAUGGCCGCGCGAAAGGCCGCGGCGGCGAGCUAA